UGAGAAUUGAUAUUAAUAGACUCAUGCCAUCUAUAUUUUAUAUUUGAUUUGAAAUUAGUUUUAUAAUAUAUAUAUUCCUAUCUAGAAGAAAGAUGAGUUUAUUUAGGAAUAAGGCCCCAUCUCAUGAAUUAAUGAUUCUUUUAACUUUAUCCUUUUGAAACCUUGACUAUUUACCAUGAUUUUGUUAAUUCAACAUAUGGUUCCACUUCUUAUAGAUAAAAUUAAAGUCAAAUUCAUGUGAGCCUUAAUGAUGGUAUAUAUUUCUCAUCUAGAAUAGAAUAGACUUUAUUAGUUAUAUUUAAAUUAGUUGUAUCUAUUUAAAAAUAUAGGCAACAAUCUAUAAAANUACAUUAUGGCAUUAACUGCAGAAGGAAGGUUUAGAAUUUAUAAUAAUGGUUUAACUUUGCUUGGAACUUAUAUUUUAUCUGAUAUCAUAACCCAAAAUGGAGGGGAAAUAAUCUCAUCACAAUUUGUUGAUUUUACUUUAGUUUAAACUCCAACAUAUAGUGGAAGUGGGAACUAUAUUGCUACUGUUGAUAUAGUGUUUACUUCUUAAUCUUUGAAUUACAAGUUUUAGUUGGUUUACGAUUGGUACAAUUAGAUAGUUAAAUCAUUUACAUAUAAUUAUGCAUUAAGUAGAUAUUUAGAUGCCCAAAUCUUGCCUGGAAUAUUUAUUGAUCGUUAGCUGUUUUAAGCUGCAAUUCCUUACAGAUAUAAUGAUAAAGUAGUGAUUUUGACAUAUUAACUUCCUGAUAAUACUGUAAGUGAUAAACGCAUGGUCUAUUCUUAUGGUGGUGUUUCCGAAUACCAUGAUUUUCGUAAUCCCAACUAAGUAGCAUUUUCAAUAUAUAACGAAGUAUUUUUAACAAUUAAUAUUUUAGAUGUUCCUUGUUGGUUUAACCAAAAACUAUUUAGAACAAGAUUUUACUCUCAAAUAUUACGAUGUUGACUUGAGGUAUUCUUUGUAGAUUGAUGAUCAAAAUGGAAAACUUUAUGAAUAACAGGUGGCUUUAGAAUUGUCAAAUGACCUUUGCUCCGAUUCCCAAAUAUACAACAUUAAGAUAGUUUCAAAUCAAUUUUAAGAUUAAUAAGCUAAUCUAAAUGGAACUGAAACAAAUCAAAGAAUUGAAUGAUUAAUAUAAUAAAAUUAAUCAUAAUAAAACACCCAC